GCCCAUCCCUAUUAUCACGUAUCCACGGCAUCCACACGUAUCGGUUAACUGCUUCUGUUACUUGAUCUGGAUCCGCGAGGUUGGGGCAUGUGGAACAUCAUCGUUGUUAUUUAACAACAAUUAACGUGUCAGUUUUAACGAGUUGCACCAUUCAACUUAACGGAAGCAUCGACAAUUCUUUAGUUGAGGAAUAAACAAAUAAUGGAAUCGGAAUCUAGGCGCAAGGGCCCCAGGAGCCCUAGCGCUGAUUCUGAUGAUUCCUCACAUGCCAGAAGGAGAAGGAAGUAUGAUCGAUCGCCAUCUCCAAGACGAAAUAGAUAUCGCAGGUCUCGGUCGAGAGAUAGAAGAUCUCGCUCAAGUUCCAGAGACAGAAGACGAAAAGAGUCCAGCAGAUCGCAAGAUUGGAAGCAACAACCUCAGUCAUCUCAGUCUCAAAGCUCUGUAUCCAAUCCAAACAAUUCUGCUGGUUAUGUUUCAGCAGUACAUAAUCAAUAUCAGGCACCUCCACCUAAUACAAGUCAACCACCACCACCUAUCUCAGCCUACAAUCAGGGAUAUAACAACUAUGGUUACAACUAUGGCCCUGGUUAUGACUACAGUUAUCAACAACCAGCUGGUUACCGAAGUGAUUACCCACCACCUAACUGGCAAGGAAAUCAAGUGUCAUACAACAAUCAGCAAGCACCACCGCCACCAUCAUUGACACCGCAGCAAGAUUCAUCAAGACCAAUCGACAGUGGUUCUUCCGGCUUAGUGACAUCUUUAACAAGACCUGAGGAUGUCAAAAAAGAAGCAGCAAUCGCAGCUGAAGUAAAACAACAGAAAGCGACGUUGGCUAAACAGCGAGAGGAAUAUGUUAAGAAAUCUGCCACGCUGCAACGUGAAUUGGAAAUUCUGCGUCAACAGUGUGACGAGAUAGGCAAGGACGGUGGACGCGAGAAUACUCGAAUUAUAAAGGAAAAUCAGAAAUUGCAGAUCGAAAUACAAAACAAAAUGAAGUCUAUCCACAACGUCAUCGAUAUGCUCACCGGCAUCAUCGGUGACAAAGUUACUGUGGAUGAUCUGAAGAGCAAGUUUAAGCUAGAAGUGAAUAAACGCUCUAGAAGCCCAAAGGAAGACUUUCCGAAGGGGAAGUCUCCUUCGCCCAAUAGAUCUUCGGCUUCCGAUUCAGAUAAGGAAUCCAAAGCAGAGAAAGAUAUUAGGGAGAGAAGAUCGUCGGAGGACAAGCCAAUGUACAAUUUCGUGCACUACGACCCUGAAAUGCAUUGGUGUAAAGUCUGCGAUAUCUUUCCUAAGACAGCAAAGGAAUAUUUAAAUCAUCUCCAUAGCAAUGAGCACAAAGAGGCUUGCUUAGAACGCAAGAUUGUUGAUAUGCCAUGGCAUGAGCGAAAUAGCGAAGGAACAGAGAAAGAAGUGCCCUAUUAUCCAGGACUGCCGACAAAAAGAAUUCCUAUCAAAGGACUGCAAUUCUUCAGCGCAGCGACGGCUUGGUAUUGCAAACUAUGCGACUCUUGGAUAGGGGAUCUCCAUUGUGCUAGUUUACAUCUGAAAUCGAAACGCCACUCGGAAAACUUUUCUCGCUUUGUGGAACAAAAUCCACAUUGGGAAACUGAUUGGAUGGCGGAUCGAGAAAAGGCGUUCUCCGAGGAUAAGCACAAGCAGAUACAAUUGGAACUGCAGAAGCAGAAGGACGACGAUCCGCCGGCGAAGUCGAAGAAGUCGAAGAAGAACAAGAAAAAGUCGAAGAAGGCGAAGAAGCGCCGGAAUAGGAGCAGCGCCAGCGACACGUCCACUGAAUCAGAGAACUCUGAUACAGAAUCUGACCAGGAUACCACCAAGAGCAUACGCGUGGCGAUGCGAAACAAGAUGAAGGCGUCAACGCAGGCGAUUCUAAACGAGGAGAUAGAUUAUCAGCGUAUAAAGCUGAAAGGGCACAAUUGGUCGAAGGCGCCGCCAGUGAACCAAUCGCCGCAGCCGUCGGAGCAACAUCCGUCGGAGGCGGACGACAGGCAGCUUCUGAACUCGAUCAGAGACAAGCUGAAGGCUAAGCAGGAGGAGGACAUGAAGAGCCGCAAGAAUUCGGACAAGAUGGAAGAUGAGGAGGAGGAGGAGUUGCAGCAGGAUCCUUAUUCUAAGAAGUCGGAGGAUUUGGAGGCUUGCCCAAAAGAGCCGCCCAAGCCGUUCUGGAUAAAGAAGGAGGAGGAGAAGCAGUCGCAACCGAUCAUGACGAACAAGCCGAUCGAGCUGCCGAAACCGGAGGAGAUGCCGAAGCCGCACAUGGGAUUCUGGACGAAGCAGCAAGUGAAUAUGACGGUGAAACCGCCCGAAAGUAAAUCGAUCGAGAAGGAGGAUGAGAGGGAUCGCGACCGGGAUCGCUACAAGGACGAUCGCGACCGCAAGUACAGCAGGUACGAGAGGAGGAGUCGGCGGGAUCGAGAUCGGGACAGGGACAGGGAUCGCGAUCGCGAUCGCGAUCGCGACUACUACGACGAUCGUCGAAAGAGGGACAGAGACAGGGACAGCAAUGAUUCUCCGAGGCGCGACAGAAGCUGGCGCGACAGUAGCCCGAAGAGAGGCUACGACAAGUACGGCAAGGACCGGCGGGGAGGCGGCGACAACGACAACAACUCGUCGAACGACGAGUCCAAGUUCGAGAAGAAGUCGAGCGACUCGAAGUCGAAGAAGGGCGCUGCUCUGGCCAAGAAGUCGGCGCCGCAGGUUGCCGCUAAAGGCAAGCUGCCGUUUAUCGGCAGAUUACCGCUGUUCAAGAAGAAGGCCGAGGAGCCGAAGCUGCCGGAGAAGGACAUCGCGCCGUUGCCCUAUCAACAGAGCAAGUUCGAGGACACGCCGAAAGUGCCGAACGAGAUUAUUAAUCCGCCGGGCGUCGUGCACAUCACGAAGCUGGCGACUCCGUUGAAUCUGAGUAACAACACGACCUUGCAGACGAGCAAGACGAGCAAUCAGCCUAUGAAGAUCCUCGUGGCGCCACCGCCGCCCGUGCUAAACGAGAGCAAGCCGACGCCGCAGGUGGUCGACAUGGAGAUAGAUGAUCAAUCCGAGGAGACGGUCAUAGAGGAGCAACCGAUAGUGGAGCAAAAGCAGCAGCAGACGUCGGGCGUGUCGAAGCUGCCGUUACCGCCGCAUCCGCCGCCGCCGUUGAACAGACCGCCGCCCAGCUUCACGCCGGGCCCGCAACAACAGCAGCAAGCGGCGGCGGCGAUACCGAGUAGACCGCCGCCGGUGCAGAGCACGCCGCCGGCGCCGCAGUUCACGCCGAAUCGUCCGCCGCCGCCGUUCAUGUCGACACCGCCGCCGUUCGUUCAGGCGCCGCCGAGAUUCCCGCCGCGUCAACCUGUGCCGCCCGCCGCCUUCAUGACGCAGCCGCCGCCGAUGCCGGGCGCGACGGGCUACGUGCAGAAUCAUCAGAAUCCGCCGCCGCCGCCGCUCCCGUCGACAAUGGUGGACGCCGGUGUCGUCGCGCCGCCGCAUUCGGACGUGGCCGAUAUACCGGAGCCUUCGGAGAAACGCUCGGCCGACCCGAGUAUCCCACUGCCGGAUGAUCUGCAGGAGGCCCUCAAUAUAAUCUUCCCCAAGGAAGAAACGGCGGAGGCCAAGCAGCAGCACCAGAGCCACCACGAACCCAACGUCAUGUAUUCGUCGAUGUACAGUAUGCUAGGCUGCGUUGGCUACGGUCCCGAAUACAUGGAUCAACCGCCGCCGGAAAUUAUGCAGGAAGCUGAAGCGGACACUCAACCGGGGCCCGAUGAUCUUCGUAUGUUGGGCAUCGACGAAGGGGAUACGAUACUGUAAAUCAACGUUCUCGCAACGUUUUCCAACAUCAGUGAUGAAAGAAUUGAUCUGUAGGUCGCGUAUCGAUACGUAUCGAUGAGAAUUGUUGCUGAAUCGAUACGCUUGUCAUUCAUCCCGACGUGUAACAAGUUAUAUUUCGUCAAUAAUUAUCCGCUGUUUUAAGAAUCAGAUGUGAUAAAAAAAAAAAAAAAAAAAAAA